CUUGUGGUCGUGGCGCCCCCUCCCUAAGCACAUGGUGACAAGGAGGAAAUUACUCGCAGCAUGCUUGCUUGAUCGUUUUCAGGCAUUACACCUUGUGUUUUUAUAUUUUUACCUGGGCCCCUCGCGCUUGGCCGAAAGCCCGGACUCCCAACGCCGGCACCCACACCCGACACUUAUCGCGUGCUCGGUGCAUCACGACGCACCGGCGUCCUCCCCUGCGUCCGGAUCGUCCGCGUUUCCUGGGGGCCAGUCUGCUUCAGGGAUCGGAGCCCAUCCGGGUCCAAGAACGAUGAGCGGACACCUACCGCUGAUGUCCGGGCCCAUACUUUUGCCCAUACUUUUGCCCUACUUCACGUCCACGUUACCACCUGCUGCCGCCAUCUAG